CAUCCAUGGACAUCGCCGUCACAAGCUACUGGAAGACGUGCAGCAUUUUCUUCUUUGCGAUGAUGGGUCUCAUUGGUCGCAGGCCUGCCACCCUCCUACUCGCGAUAGGUAGGACUUCAGCCUGCGAAUGCCCGCUCAGACUUCCGGCCGUCGGUGAUCAGGCAGAAGCGCUUUGCGCUGAGGGCUGAGUCGGACAUCAGUGAAAUACAGCUCGUCUUCUUAACCUCAAAGAUAUAGUACACUCUUCUACGGCGGAUUCUUCAAGAUUUAGAAAGAAUGGUGCGUACACGAUCACAGGCCGCCAGAGCCGCGAAACCGCACGAUAGUACCCACGACGCCAAUUCCGAGACGCUACCACAUGAAGCAGUGAUACGGACCGUCGAAAUCGAUGCCGAGUCGACUGAUUCGUUCGAUACCGUCCCUCCCAUAUACACGAUAGAUCUCUCGCUCCCGCCCGAGCAACGAUAUGUUCAGGUCGCAAAGGACUAUAAGCUUGUAAUCGAAGGCCUGACACACAUCUUCGAUGACCUGCUCGAAUCGGUCAAGCUUCCGAAGAAGUUGUUCCACUUCGUUGCGCGCCUCAUCCUCCGAAAGCUUCACAGCAAGGAGCAGACGGCCGAACUCGCGGGCAUCUCCAAGGUUACCGAGGUGCCCAUGUACCUCUUGGUCGCAUACAACGUCCUGCUGGACCUGUUCAUGGGAUGUACAAGUGGGGGGAUACCCGUCAAAGAGCGGGGCAAACGGGAGAGUAAAAUCAUGCAUUUCCGGACGUUGGACUGGGGCAUGCCGCAGCUCAAGGAAGCCAUCGCGCAGUUUGAGUUCAAAGAGAAGCCAGAUGGAGAGGUCGUUGCGCGGACGAUCAACUACGUGGGCUUCGUGGGCGUCGUGACGGGUGUGACCAAGGGCCUCAGCUUGUCCCUGAAUUUCCGACCGUACCACAACGACGACCGCUCGACGUGGUCGAACUGCAAGUUUUACGGGCAUAUUCUGAUGGUUCUGCUCGGGCUUCGACCAUGUAUCGCUGCACACCUGAGGGAUGUCAUGCUCCCACCAUCGAGGGCGCCGCGCACCAAGAACCGCAAGCGGAAAAAUAGGGAGGACGACACUCCUGGCUAUGCACUCACGGAUAUGACCCGAGAGAUUCCUCCGGUCCCCAGCCACAUCCUGGCCAACAUCGCGCGCGACUUCCCUUCCAUUCCCACCACCGCGGCCUACCUCACUUUCUGCUCAGGCGCGCAAACCAUCGUACUCGAGAAAGACCGCGUAACAGCCAACAUCGUCUGCUCAGAUACUUUCGUUACCGUCACUAACCACGACGUCUCCUACGAAUCGCUCUCGACCAAUGCGCAAGCAGCCCACGCCGCUCACGCAAAGACUCACCACUUCGGCAUAGGAAUGAAAGAGCUUGUGGAUGAGAGCAUGGAUAGAAAGGGGUGCAUGGUUGCGAAGUGGGAGAAGAGGUGUAGAAGGUUGAGGCAGAGGGGGAGGGGAGGGCCAAAAGGUGAUCAAGAGGGAGUGGAGCUGCAGGAGUUGAAGCGGUGGUUGUUGGAUUACCCGGUUACGAAUGGGGAGACGCAUUUCGUGACGAUCAUGGAUCCUGCCGAAGGGGUGUUCAGGUGGGUGAGGUCUUUCGAGAAAAGCUUGUUUGAGGAGAGUGACGAAGGGGGUGAGUGAGCGUAGGGUUGGCUCCUCGGCCAUGGGGAAGGAUGAUGUUCAUGGGGAACUGAAGGUGAUGAUCAUCUAAUUUCUAAUAUAUGCCACCACGUCACAGGCCACCGUCUCUCAUUAGCUCUUAUCCUCCGUAUGCCCAUAUAUAAACCCCCUCGCCCACUUCCUAACUCUUUUU